CCGGGCGGGUCCAGAUCAAGGUCUCUUCCAGCUCAACUUCCUCCCGCACCGCGCCUCCAGCCGUCCUCCCAUUUUUGCCACAUCCACUCCAACUCCGACCCGCCGCGCAGUCUCGACCGUGUUUCCUGCUCGCCGCUUCCCAAAUCCCUCUACGAUCUCGAACCGCCAGCGGGGUCACGGAAACAAUUUCCGCAGCGCCGCAAGGCCGUCUCAUAGCCCUUCGGCCGCCUCGCAGCGCCUGCCGCAUCAGCACCGGGCAGGCGGUAUUUCACGUUCUGUAGAUCUUGUCGCUGAUCGCGUCGCGCGGCCUUCCCAACGUCGACCAGUCUCUUUCGCGCACGACGGUCGCCAGCGGAUCCCGACGUCGCCCAGCAUGUCCGCCAACGCUCGUAGGAGAAGCCUACGCCCGAACGACUUGACAAUGCCCUCAACUCCCAGCCAGCCAACCCAGCCGUCGCAGCAACCCACGUCGCGCUCCGCACAACCAGAACAGUCACAGUCGGCUUCAUCCGCAACCAAGCGCAAGCGGGAACCGGACCUCAACGAUGACGACGACCCUUUUGGCGACUCUGCCAGCGCAGACAUUGUUGAUCUGGUGGACAAGACCGAGGUCCCGCCCAAUACCUCCAACAGCCAAGAAGAAAACAAGAAAUACGUCACGAUGUCUACUCUCGACUGCGUCAUUUGUAUGGACAGCGCCAAGGACCUGACGGUCACUCAUUGUGGGCAUCUAUUCUGCUCCGCCUGUCUUCACUCCGCUCUCAACAUGGACCACAGCAGGCGUAUAUGCCCCAUCUGCCGCCAAAAGAUCGAUAGGCAGCCGGCCGCCGGCGCUAAGUUUGGCCAGAAAGCGAAGGGCUACUAUCCUCUCGAGCUCAAGUUGAUGACCAGGAAAACCAUAGGAGUCAAAAGGGAGCAAUCAACUACCGGCCGCGACGGGCCAUCGUCGCGUUGAACCAUCGUCGUUACUCUAGGCGACACAUUCCAAACUGCACCAACAGCUGUCUGUGCGUCCGCAUUCCGGGACCCAGGGCGGAGCACAUCAGCGUCCGGAAUUAUCACCAGACCCGUGUGUUCCAUGGUCUCCAGGCAGAGCAAUGUGGCUCACCGGGUGGCCGCACUCUGAUAGGCGGCAGUC